GAACAUCAGAAAAUUCACACUGGAAAAAAAUUCCCCAAAUGUAAAGAAUGUGGCAAAACCUUUAUCCAGUGCUCACACUUUACUGAACAUGAGAACAUUGACACUGGAGAGAAAGCUUACAAGUGUUAAGAAUGUGACAACGUCGUUAAAACUUGCUCAGUCCUUACUAAAAAUAGAAUUUACACCGGAGGGGAACAUUACAGAUGUGAAGAAUUUGGCAAAGUAUUUAACCAGUGUUCCCACCUUACUGAACAUGAGCAUGGUGCUGAGGAAAAACCCUGCAAAUAUGAAGAGUGCAGCAGUGUCUUUAUCUCUUGCUCAAGCCUUUCUAAUCAACAGAUGAUUCUUGCUGGAGAGAAACUCUCCAAAUGUGAAACAUGGUACAAAGGUUUUAACCACGGCCCAAAUCCUUCCAAACACCAGAGAAGUGAGAUUGGAGGGAAACCUUUCAAAUGUGAGGAAUGUGACAGCAUCUUCAAAUGGUUCUCAGACCUUACUAAGCAUAAGAGAAUUCACACUGGUGAGAAACCAUACAAAUGUGACGAAUGUGGGAAAGCCUAUACGCAGUCCUCACACCUCAGUGAACACAGGAGGAUUCACACCGGAGAGAAACCCUACCAAUGUGAAGAAUGUGGGAAAGUCUUCAGAACUUGCUCAAGCCUUUCUAACCAUAAGAGAACUCAUUCUGAAGAAAAACCCUACACGUGUGAAGAAUGUGGCAACAUCUUUAAGCAGUUAUCAGACCUCACUAAGCAUAAGAAAACCCAUACUGGAGAGAAACCCUACAAAUGUGAGGAAUGUGGAAAAAACUUUACCCAGUCCUCCAACCUUAUUGUACACAAGAGAAUUCAUACUGGAGAGAAACCCUACAAAUGUGAAGAAUGUGGCAGAGUCUUUAUGUGGUUCUCAGACAUUACCAAGCAUAAGAAAACCCAUACUGGAGAGAAACCGUACAAAUGUGAAGAAUGUGGAAAGAACUUUACCCAGUCCUCAAACCUUAUUGUACGUAAGAGAAUUCAUACUGGAGAGAAAUCCUACAAGUGUGAAAAGUGUGGCAAAGCCUUCACCCAGUUCUCACACCUGACUGUAUAUGAAAGCAUUCAUACUUGAGAAAAAAAUUAACAAAUAUAAAAAUAGGCAAAGCUAUUAGUAUCCGCUCACAUCCUACUUUACAUCAGAGUUUAGACUUAAUAAAGUUACUAUAAAUGUAAUGACUGUUGAAAGACCUUUCAUGAAAUGU